AUGUUGGACGAGCUAGACAACGUCUUCGACGACCACCCGUCGCUGGACGCCUCACUUGAGGACUUUGAGAACAACAGCAAUGCGCAUCGCUCCCCGCUGUACGGCUUGCCCUCGCAGCACUCGGGCUUCCGGUCUGAAGAGUCGGACGAUGAGUUGGAUGAGACACCCACAAAUGACCGCUGGGCACCCCCUGGCCUUGGCAUACGACAACACGAUUAUGUUCAAGGGAGUGGAUGGUACCGUCACCAACCAUAUGCGCAGAAGCAUAACCUCCGCAACCGUCCGGACUUGAAACCCACAGUUGGUCGUCUCAGCGUGUCGCCGACAGCGUCGCGCGAACCAAGCCCGCAGUAUGAAGAUGCGCCUGAAGCCCCCGCGAAGGGAAGAACAAGUGAGUAUGCCGAAAAAGGUGAUGUUUCGAUCGCUGCCAAUGUACCCUUGCCAAGGGGAGCAGGUACCCCACAGAUAGGACGAUCCCCCAGUCCUCCUCCGGCGCAACGUCCCGGCGCGACUCGUGAGGGCCCCGACGAUGACGGAUUGGGCUUUGGCGCGGAGAAUCUGAGCAACUACAUUCGAUUCGCAGUGCGUGCAGAAGUCCAGCAUCGUGAACCCAUCGCUGCCAUCUGCGGCUACUUGCGCAACAAGUUCGAGCACAUGACUAGUUCGAAAUCCAAUACGACUCUCUCGGUAUUGGUCAUGUUGGUUGCGGUCGCCUUCAUGCGUGCUCUAUUCCUCCCCGGUCUACCGCAGUCCAUCCCGGAUCUGGUGAAGCUAUCGAGCUUCGCGCGUUCGUUUGAGCCCCUCAUCUAUUACUCCGAAAAUGGCGUCCAGCAGAUCGGUACCCUGCAAGAAACCGGGGUCGCCGUUUGGGACCUUAGUGAGUCAGUGCGUGGCACAAACAUGACUAGCGCGCCUAUUAUCGUGCGUCAAUUAGAUGAGCUAUCUGAUUCACUCAAGUCUCUAUCUCUAGAGUUGACACGUUUCUUUGCAAACGUCGACUCAGAUAUUGACUCCAUCCUGAUUGUGAUGGACUGGGCCAAGCGUGAGCUCGAAACUUUAUCUGCACAACCUCCAAGUUCUCUACCUACAGUUGUUUUCGACAAUGUCCACAACAUGUUCUCACGAUUAGGUGCGCUCGAGCGACCCACAGAGCUGGCCGGGAGCGGCGUAACAACACCAUUUGGACAUGUCGUGAUGGCAGUCUUCGGUCAAACAUCUGCACAGCGCACCCGCGCAACCCUCACACGAACCUUCAGCGAAUUUCUCGCCGUCCUCGAAGAGUCAAUCAACAGCGAAUUGACCCACUCAACCGCUCUUUUCGCCUUAUUCGAAUCAAUAGAUCGGCAAUUCUUGAACCUGCAACGCACAGUCGUCCGCGAAUCAGAUGCCCAAGAACGGGCCGAGGGAGAAAUGCUUAGCUCCCUCUGGACUCGCGUCCUCGGGCCCAAUGCUGCAGUCGUUCGCAAGUACGAAAAGAAUAAGAAGCUUCUCGCCAACGUUCGGAGCCGCACUGUCGCAAACAAGCACUUGCUUGUUGAUCACCGCGGCCGUCUCCUCACACUGAAAGUGAAUCUUGAAACGCUUCGGCGGAAGCUUGUCAGUCCGCUUGUGCGGCGCAAUGAUUCGGUCAGCUUUGUCGGCGUGGAGGGGGGCUCUUCGGGGUCCGGCAGUUCCAAUGCGGGACGCAUGCUCGGUCCCGUCGAGGCUGUUAUCGAUGGGCAGAUCCGUGGGUUGGAGGGUACAUACGAUUACCUGCGAUCUGUCCGGGAGCGCCAGAAAGCGAAGUUGAUGGAGAUGGUCUAUGGUUCCGGAAGGAAAGCACCGUCGUCAAUGUUUGCAGGUCUGGAAGGACAUGAGGAGGCGAUUGAUGGGUAA